AGCAGCUGCAGCAGCCGGGACAGAGCAGGGAGCAUGGCCGGGGGGCGUCUCCCGGGGCUGCUUUUCAUCUUGCACGCCGCGGCUCGCCUGGCCGCCGAGCAAGAAGUUGAAAACCUCUCCGGGCUCUCCCCUAACCCCGAGAAGGACAUCUUCGUGGUGCGGGAAAACCGGACGACGUGUCUCAUGGCCGAAUUCGCCGCCAAGUUCAUCGUCCCCUACGACGUGUGGGCCAGCAAUUAUGUGGAUCUGAUCACGGAGCAAGCCGACAUCCCGCUGUCGCGGGGCGCCGAGAUGAAGGGCAAGUGCGGCACGAACGAGUCGGAGCUGGAGCUCUCCUGGCUGGACCAGGCGUACACCCUCAAGCUCUCCUUCCUGAAGGAGGGGCACAACACGUCCCGGGGCCCGGAGGCGUCGUGGAAGCUCAGCCGGAUCCAGUUCACCUACGACACCUCCGAGCGCACCUACUUCAAGGAUGCCGUCAGCCCCGGGAAGCACACGGCCAGCUCGCACCGGCUCUCGGCCCUGGUGACCCCUGCCGGGCGGUCCUACGAGUGCCAGGCGCAGCAGACCAUCUCCCUCGUCUCCAGCGACCACCAGAAGUCCGUGCAGCUCCUGCUGUCGGAAGUGCGGCUGCAGCCCUUCGACAUCCCCGCGGAUUUUGUCUUCAGUGAAGAACACAAGUGCCCGGUGGACCAGAGGGAGCAGCUGGAAGAAACGCUGCCCCUGAUCCUGGGGCUGAUCCUGGGGCUGGUGAUCGUGAUCACCCUCGGCAUCUACCACAUCCACCACAAGCUGACAGCCAGCCAGGUGCAGAUCCCUCGAGACAGAUCUCAGUACAAACACAUGGGGUAGGAGCAGGACCGAGCAACUCGAGCAUUGAUCAGGUAGAAACAGCAAAAGCACUUUUUCUGUGGGUGAGAAAACAUUCUGGGGGGCAAGGGAUGGUAUUCACAGCACCUAAUCCUGAGUAUUUCAUGGAGACACUCAGGCUAAGGCUUGGCUUUAACACAGCCUCUGUAAGGAGAAUCAGUGUCUGAGGUGUCUGUAGGUGGUUUGAAUACCUUCUUUAAGCAGCUGGGCUGAUCAUCUGGAAACAGAAACACUUCACAUGUCAGAGUUUCACACUGGGAGCACAAUUAGCUUUCUUGUUUUAUUUAUUUUUCCCUUUUUCCCAUCUCAAGAGGUUCUUACCUCCCCCUGCAUCACCUUUGGAGCAUUCAGCCCUCCACAUUCCUGUCUGCGCGGGAAGCAGGGCUGGGAGACAGAGCCAUUGCACAGGGCUCAUUCAGGCCCUCUAGUGAAGGGACUCAAACCACAUCCCCCAGUUUGCACUCAUGUUAAGAAAAGCAUGGAGGCAAAUGCAGGUGUGCUUUGGGGAAAAAAAAUAAAAUUCAAGGUCAGUAACUCCAGUGGAGCAGAUCACAGCUGUGGAGCUGACCCCACACUUGACACUGGGUGAAGAAAGUUUGUUUUUGCUUCUUGAGCCACAUCUGAACUAAACUUAGGAAAAAAAAAAGUAAAAAAAAAAAGUAUUGAUACACAAAUUAUAAAGUGCCGUGCUACUGCAAGUCAACUGAGAAAUGCUUCUGGCUGGGCAUCCUGCACGUGUUGUGAUUGUGGUUGAGAUGUUACAUUGCUACCUGCAACUGAUAAUUUUCACAACAAAACAAAAAACAAAAAACAGAAAAAGAAAACAGUAAUGUUAAAGUUACUAUGCAGAUUAUUCAGGUGUAAUCUAA